ACAUUCACACAGGAUGCGCCAAAUAAACAGCACGUUUUGGAAUUAAGACCGCGGACACAUGGACUUCACCGGGAGGAACAUGGAGUGGAUCGUGGUAUUUCUGUUGUUGGUAAAUACCUGUUUGACUCGUGGUAAAACCAUUGAGAUAAACGCCAGAACAGGCAAAUGCUUGAUUGUCGGUGAGGCACUUGAACUCAGCUGCAGUUUUAACAACAGAGAUGAAGGUCACAACCUGCAACAACUACAAAUAUAUCAUACAGAUAAGGCGAAAAGAACUGUGCUCAACAGCUCUGUGGCAUAUGAUGAACGGUCUAUUCGAUUAGUUAUUUCAAACAUGGAAAAAGACGACAGUGGGAUGUAUGAAUGUUACUAUAAAAAUGACCCAUCUCAGUCAACGUCUCUGUUCUUCAAAGUGACAGAGCCUCGCCCUAUGCCAGAAGACAUGGAAUGCAUAGCCAAUGUAACCAAAGUUAUUUGUUCAUGGACGGGUCAAGACAAAUGUUCGUCUUGGAGACUGUUCUACUCCGUAAAUGGAAAACCAGAGACCGAGUGUGUAAUUCCAGCUCAAAAUAUACCACGACAAUGCGCAGAUAGCAGAUUAAGUUCCAGCUAUAAAAUGCGAUCAAGGUGUCGUAUUGACAAAACCAUGAAGCUCGAAUGCCGUAUGGAGAAUUUCCGAGGUAAUUAUGCAUUCCGUCUUCAAAGAAACACAUCCUUUGGACAUCUGACGGAGAAAGUGAUCAGGAAGAGGUUCGACGAUACCAUUAUGAAACUCGAUCGUUUACGAAACUUUCAAGUGAACAUAACGUCCAAAACUUUGACCCUCGGCUGGCAAUUUCUGCAUUCUCCAUACUAUUUUGACAAUGGAAUUAGCUGUAUGCUGACCUGUGGUGAGGAAACAAGGCCUCUAGCAUUCUCACGUGACGACCGGAGUGUAAAUGUCACAGGAAUCGUUUUCGGAAACCUUCGUCCGUUUACGAAUUACACAGUAAAGGUGAAAUGCCAGGUCAACGGAAGUCGUUAUUGGGGAGAUCCAAUCGAACAUUCAUACCUGACAGAGGAGGAUAUGCCCCUUGUUGGACCAGACACGACUCACAACUCCUACACAAUAGAAAGGUGUGAAGCAGAACGUAACCGUACAUGCUUAAAUAUCCAUGUCAAACCGGUCAAUGCUUUAAAAGCUUGUGGCAUUAUAACCGGAUAUGACGUUGUGGUCAGAGGCAAUAGCAGGACGAAAAUGGAACCACAGCGGUUUGAGAUUUCAGUCACUCCAUCAACGCUGAAGUUAAGGCUAGAUGACAGAAUCCUCCCACCCUACAAUGUAUCGUUAUGGUCGAAAACCUCCAAGGGGCUAUCAAGCCGAUCGACAAAUGUUUUCAUCAAUCCUGGAAUGGACGAUGAUAUCAUUGAGGAAGUGAUUGUAGAGGAAGACGACUCACACUACUUAGUUACGAUGAAGCCCGACACCCUUCCUUCGCCCUAUAUCUUCCAUUGGUGUUACGGAGUUCAAAGCUUCAUCAAGAGGGUCACCUGUAAGGAAGGAUAUGGGUACAGACAUUCCAACAUAUCAGAAUUACGGAUAUUGAAGACAGAACUCGGUAGGCCAGGGACAUUGGCAGAGGAUGAAGUAAAUGGGCGGUGGUACUUCGGCGCAUCUGUCAACAGGCAUACGGGCUCCAUGGGCGUGCACUGGGAGGACUGUAUCUUCGGGGCUGGCGAUUAUGAUCAAGGUCAACCUGUCAGACCGUUACUCACUGAUGGAGUACGCAACCAGAUCUUGGUGACUGUCCAGCCAUACUGUCCAACAGACAAAGUUCGAAGACUGCGGCCAAUCAAUUACACUGUUACCUGUGUUAACAUUAAUGAUACUAAUGAUGAAUACACAAAAAUAUUUGAGGCUCGCUUAAAAAAUGACCCAUUUGUAUUGGACAAUUUGACACCCGGUUCAACAUACAAAGUGAUGUACAAUAUUGGAUAUCGUCAGAGCAUUAGUCCCUUCAGUGACCCAGCUCUCAAAUACACAGCACUAUACAACGAUCGACAGAAAACCCCGAAUAUUUCCUCGACUGUCGGAUUGGCAGUUGGCUCCACAGUGUUCCUUCUGUUAACAAUCAUCACGAUUUGGAAAUUCGUGAUGUAUUAUCAAAAGAUCGAGCAGCCAAUCGACGGUGUUGAAAUCGACAACAAUAAUAAGGAUAGAAAAAAUAACCCCUGUUCCGAUGACACUGGUAUAGGAUCACAGAGUAGUGACGACAGGAAAAGUAUUGGAAAUGACAGCAGAAAUAGUUCUUUUCAGUGCAAAUCUAAGUUCUCAAACACCAAACCAUGCUUAGAGGAAAAGUCGUCUAGUGACCGUGGUUCACACACUUACAAUUCAUCAUAUAGAAUAAUUAAUUCAAUCUCCAACGAAAGUGGUUCAGAUGUCAAUUCUGACAACUAUGACAAAAUCGAAACAUCAGAGGAAGUUGUGGAAAUUAGUACAGAACAAUAUUCUAAUAACGCAACACCAGAAAACACGUCUGGUAUUGUUAAUGAACAGCUGGAUGACAUCAUAACGAUGCCGUGCCAGUUCACUCUGCCACAAGAUGUCGCUCUCAACAGAAGGAGGAACGAACAAUGUUCAAACAGAAGUAGUGUUUGUUCAAACUCACUUCCGACAAGAAACGCCAUUUCAGAAAAAGCCAUUAUCGUUGACAACACUACAGAAGCUUUGCCGAUUUGCAUGGCCACGGAUAGACGAAGCCAUAGGUUAAGUGAUGUGAAGUUAGAUGAAUAUGAUAUAUCAGUCAUUUUGCUUAAUGCAAACGAUAAAGAACAACUUGAUGAUACAAACGACUCCAGUUUGGAAAGCGUUGACGAUAUUUUAACAAUUCCGUCGAAAUCUUUCUCGUGUACAGGUAGAGAACCUGCCAGACAACCAACUAAAACACCAGAGAGAAAGCGUUCAGGAAUUUCAGGAUAUAAACAAUUACUUCAGGAAAAUGCAGAGAGUAUGCAAAACGAUAGUCGCAUGUUGCCAGAAAUAAUUGAGCCUCAAGACGGAAUUCCGACCGCGGAGGCUGACAGCAGAUGUCAAUUACCUAUGGAUCUAGAAAACACAUUAUUAGAUGACCAAUUGUUAGACAAUAUUUUCCAAUCGGAUGACAGUUCUGGAAUAGAAGAGAUACACGAACAUAUCGUCAGAACAGUUGAUAAAACUAAAGCCAAAAAGACCGGUUAUAAAUCACUGCCUCUUAACCAGGAACAUCUGGAUACUCCUUUAAACCAAUAAGUACUGUUUUAAGCAGUCGAAUCAUUUGAUGAACUUAAGGCAUCACUGGAACAUCAAUUGUGUUCUGUGCAUAUAAGGAAACUCCAACUCCGUCUAUCUGAGAGAAAUAUAAAACCUUCAAAUGGCAAGUGGCUGUAUCGCUUAGAAUGUGUGGUAGACUAACGUGUUAUGAAUACGUUGUGUUUGGUAAUUAGAAUCAUGCACUGUGUCUUAUAAACAAACAUGAAAGAAUUUUGCAAUGUACAAACCAAUAAAUACCAACUGUUAUAACCAAUGUUUACAUAUCUUUAGGUAGGAAAAAGUAUGUUUUAUGUUACAUUUAUGUUUACAUUAACAAUGUUUAAAUAUUUACUAUUGAAACAAUACAUGUUAUGAGGUUUUAUAAUAGUAGACAUUGUCAUCAACUAUGGAAUGUGAGCUUUGAAUAUGAACAACAGAGACCACAUUAAAAUGUCCUUGGUCGAGCUUAUUCAAAGGGAAGUCUAGAUAAAAUAAUAUUAAACUUAAAAACUUUAAAUUACAUUAUAAUUUGUUCUUACUGAUUUGUAGAAAGCGUUAGGUUUAGACUUGCAAUAACAAAUGAAAAAGUCCAUACAUAAACUUACUCGACAGGAAAACUAAAUGAUUAUGUACAAAUCAUUUCAAAUAUUUAUGUAACGAUUAUUGGAAAUAUGAAUGCACUCUGAAUAAACGAUGAACAUUAUUCCGUAACUAACAUUUAUCAUCGAAUGACAUUACACAUGAUAAGUAUAUUCUGUUAUAGUUUUAUGUACAUUUCAGAAAUCACUGUUCAUUAUUCUAUCAAAAUAUCAAAUCUAUGUGUUAGUGCUUUUUCAUUUACAAAAGGAUGAACUUCCUGAAAAUCAAAAUAAUGUCAAUAUUUCAUGCAAAGACAUAUGUUUUAUGGGGCGACGUACAAAGCGUGACGCAGGUCAAUCAGGAAUAAAGAGCAGUUAACAAUAUUCCCAUUUCAUCAAUAAUACCUCUUCAGUUCAUUGAAUAGCAUUAGACCGGAGAUAAGGCUGUACCACAAAAUAAAAAUAUUUUAUGCUUAAUGUAUUGUUCUUUAUGAAAAAAAACUUGUCUUACCCUCGUUGGCUCAGAUUUUGGCUAAAUUACACCUUUAUCCAACACUCUACUACGAUAGUUAGUAUAACCGGAUUUAAAAAAGACCUUGAACAUUUUACUGCAAAUUACACAUUUAGUACAUUUUAAUUUCUAAUUCUGUCAUUCAUAUUCUAACAAAAAUGAUUCAAAUCUAAGAGCAGGAUUUUUGGGUUCUCACACAGCGACGCGAAAUAGACACAAUUUCGAAUACUUAAUGAAAAACUCAACAAAGAACAUAAUUAAUUAACUAAGAAUGGAUCGUUUUGAAGAAUUGAAUUAUUGGCUUAAAAAUAGUCAUAUAUAUGCACAUAUAUUUAUUGAGUUAUGUGACAGUGUUUUCCUGCAAAUACUUGUCUUAGCCAUUUUUUUAUGUUUCCGAAGAGCUAAUUAGGACGGCAACAAAACUGACAUUUCGAUUGCGGCAUUUAAUCUUUGCUUCUAGGACACCUUGGACAUUAAAAAAACCCAUUCCAGCCACUGAUAGCGAACAUUAAUUUAAUACCUCAACAAUCAUUGUUGUUGCCAAAUUGCAAUCCUGUUAUUUUGUUUGAUCUCAUACUUAAAGUACAUUGUAUAUACAUUGCGUAGCUUUGAUAAUGACAAACAAGAUAUGUUAACUGUAAAGCAAUACAGUUACCAAUACCGUUAAAUGGUUAUGAUUUAUUCUUGCUUGUAAGAGUCCAUCAAUACAAGUGAAUGUCCACAAUGUUUGUAUGUGAUUAAUUAAAUCAUAAGUAUUAACUUGAAUAUAUAUUUUUGAGCUAUAAAACAAAAACCAGAGUGUACUCAAAUCCUCCAGUUUUUGAAUUAUAGUUCCAUAACGUUAGCAAUAUAUUCAGAUUAAUCCGGUAUAAUUGAGACAGAAAAUAGAAUACAUAUCACGUAUCAUAUCGUUUCAUAUCUUAAUCAUGUCAAUUCGAAACAUUCUGUACCCUAAUACACUAUUUCUUAUCGCAAUAUAUUUGUUUGGAAACUAUAUAUUUGGUUCCCAUUAUUUUUUUUCUUUAUAUCGAUGUUGAUCAUAUCAUUAAAAUUUAAAAUUUCUGAUAUGAUAACUGCAAUAAACAUCGUCAAUGCACCAUAGUCAGCAUCUCGACAUGCUGAAUAUAUAUGAUUGGCGAUGUACAUACAUAUUUGUGUUGAGCUAUAUCCUGGCAACGUGAGGUCAUAGUAAGAAUUAAUUUGUCUAAUUUAUGUAAAAUGUAACUUAUGAAAAUCCCGAUUGACACACUUAAAUAUACUAUUAUACUGUAUUUUGAUAUAUUAUACGUGUGUAUACUUUGUUUUAUAUAUAAAUAUAUUUAUAACAUAGCAAAAAAGUAUGAGAUAUAUGAAUACGUCUUGAUACAGAUAUAACGACAGUAUUAUAUUUUUUUCUUUAAUAAAUAAUUCACAGAUGUGUAUUUGUGCUAUAUUUAGUAGAUGAUCAGUGAUGAAAAGGUAUCUAUCUCGGUCUGUUAUUAUCCUUAACCUCUGAUGUUUUGUUAAUGUUUCAACACACACGCACGUGCGUACGCAUGCACGGACGCAUAUAUAUAUUUCAAUAAAAAUUAAAAUUUAGAUUAUUGAGAUCCUGAAAGUCCAGCAAAAAUAAAUCUAUAAUAUUGAAUGAUCUCCUCAUCCACAUGUCACCAAUUGAAUUUCCCAAUACUUUAUAUGGUUAAAAUAAUAUAACUUAAGGGGUUAUAUUUGCGUGUACAUAAAUGUGAUAUGAUUAUGUUUCCUAACCUUUCAUUCUAUAUAACUUAAUGGUCUUGCACAAUUUGUACACUAGCGAAUACUAUGGAAUGUUUGUAUUUUAACGAGUUGCAAGUUAUACUGUUUCUAGUGUUUUACAAUAUUCAGAGACAGAAAAAAGAUAAAGACUCCACUUACACGUACACCAAAAUAUAUUUAUUUACAAUACUCGUACACAGUGAACAUCGUGAUUCAGGAAAUAAACACAUAUUAGAUAAUAAUAUUCGCGCAAAUUAAAACAUAUACAUUUUGUUUUGGAAAAUAUAUGCCCAGUAAAACAGAUCGGCUAACUAUAAUAAUAGUCCUCAUUUAAAUAACUACUUGUAGUUCAUUUUAAUUUUGCUUUGGUUUAUAUAACACCUCUGUUAUCAUAUUAAUGGCAUAUUUGUGACUGGCAUAGUGGAGACGGGAAUAUGCAAUAUGUUAAUGCAUUUUCUACAACUACAUUACGAAUAUUACCAGAAAAUAAUAAUAAUAA